UGUGAAAAAGUCAAAGGCCGCGCUCGCCGGACCGUGUUAACGUCUGCCACCACGGAACCAAACUCGUGAUUUUGUCAUACAACCGUGUUUGGCGCGUGUCUCGUCCCAACUGUACCGCGAAUUGAUAAUUUCACUAUCUUAUCAAACGUAGAUUAUGUACACAAGUGUCGCGGUGUGCGAUGGACAGCACAUUACCUACCAACACCCAGAUGGGUACCGCGUCAUUGAUAUUGCAAUAAACGAAGACAUUGAUCUCGAAAAACGUAUGGAACGAAACGAAUUAACAUUAAGUUUUCAUAACUUAAUCAAAAGAGAUGAAGAACUCUACAGCUACACAAACUACGGCAUGGACACGCCGACGCCAGUCACCCCGGGCGAUUGCCUGCCAGGGCUUUUUCAGACCAUGGACUCCCUGACCACAGCGCUGGACUCCGACUUGGACGAGAGCUUGGCCGUGCCCGAGUCGCUGUCUGUUAUCGACGCUGAUAAAAUAGAUAAUAAGGAUAACGAUGCUGGCAGUAAGUGGUUAAUUUAUUGUAAUUUAUUUCACACACACACACAUACUUAG